UCCUCGGUGACAGGCAGCUGUCACGACCAAUCAGAACGCCUCCGCUCCCGCCCUGUGUCCCGCCCCCUGGGAGCGCAGGUUUUGGAAUCCGCGGAGGGGCGGUGUUGGCGGCCCGGAGGCUCGGGCGUCGUUGGGCGGCUUCCCCGCUGGGGCGGCCGGGAAGCGACCUGCUCCGCCUUCAGUCGAGCUGCGGGUCCCCUACCCCCAGUCCUGUGGCGCGGCGUGUGCCCCGUUGCGCCUCUGCCGGGGACGCGCGAGCGUUGGUGGUGGUUGGCCUGAGGACGAGCCUAGAUAACGGGACUUGGCGGGAAUGUUGGCUUAAAUCCUUGAGGGCGUCCUCGUCCCCUGGGUGCUGGACCGUGGCCAUCGAGGGCGCUGCUGCGGGUCAGCGGGAAGGGCGGGACUCACGAACAGCGUGUCUCCUUGAGCUCGAGGUCUCCAUCCUGCCUGGUCUGCGGUUAUUUUGGUGGGUUGGUUUUUAAAAUCCCAGCAUUGGUGGACACUAGACGAUGGGCCACCAUGUCCUCUCCAUCAUUUCAAAGGACACCCGCUAACAUGAAAACUGGAGUGUUUGGGGGGACAUGUGUAUUCUGCUUUUAAGAGGUAACCAGAGUGGAUUCCUUCAACCACAGUUCCGGUUUCAGAGCAGGAGGAGCAUGAGCCAAUUGCACAACUUGCUGUUGGAUUCCCUUCUGGGGACCAAGCACAUAGACAGUGCGGCUCUCAUCAAACUCCAGGAGAAGAGCCUGUGUGUCACCUCACCAGGAUUCAAUAUAAUGCCAAGUGACAUCCAAACACUUGUGAAUGGAUUUGCCAAAAACCCUCUGCAAACCCGAAGAGAGGGACUGUAUUUCAAGGAAAAGGACUACAAAUGUGUCCGGGCCGAUGACUAUUCCCUUUAUGCUAAGAAUGGGAACACUGGUGUGGUCGUCGUGAAAACUCGUCUGCAUCUUCUGGUGGCCACUUACGUGGCAGGCAUGUACCCUAGCAUCUGUGUGGAAGCCACAGAGAAGCUGGGAGAAUAUCUAAGAAAAAAAGGAAAUUAAGUCAUCAGAGGAAUAUGAAAGACAUUAUUGUAGAAGAAAACUAUAGGUCCUAUAGAAAAAGAUACCUUAUUUUGUAAAACACUAGGCAGAAAAUAUUAAUAAAGAAGACUGAGCCGAGAGAGAGAAA